AAACGUCUGUGAAUCUUCACCGAACAAACUCGCGGGGGUCGUCAUGUCCGCGCGUGGAACGUUUGUCUCCGUUAAACCGCGUUUCUUCACCUUUUCUACAAGUUUCCACGCGAUAUGAAGACUACACGCGUGAUUCGUGUGUCUCAGAUUUGUGCGCUGAAUCAUCGCUAAAGACGCGGAGUUCGCGUGGAAUCACGAAGUAAAUAACGUUCAUUUAUUGUUUGUUUGUUUGUUUUUUAGCAGCGACUUCACUCGAGUUCUGUGUUUCUGAUAAAAAAAAAAAUGGCGUUUUUCGUGAAGAAGAAGAAAUUUAAGUUCCAGACUCAUCUGACGCUGGAGGAGCUCAGCGCGGUGCCUUUUGUUAACGGAGUUCUCUUCUGUAAACUCCGGCUGCUCGACGGAGACUUCGCCGCUACUUCAUCCAGAGAGGAAGUUCAGGAAAACUGCGUUCGCUGGAGGAAGAGAUUUACGUUUGUGUCCAAACUGAGCGCCAACCCUCACACCGGCGUCCUGGAUCCGUCUGUGUGCAGAGUGUCCGUCAGGAAGGAACUCAAAGGAGGAAAAACCUACUCCAAGCUGGGCUUCACUGACCUCAACAUGGCGGAGUUUGCCGGCUCUGGCUCCACAGCUCGCUGCUGCCUCCUGGAGGGCUACGACACCAAGAACACGCGCCAGGACAACUCCAUCCUCAAGGUGAUAAUCUGGAUGACUCUGCUGUCUGGAGAUCCCUGUUUUAAAACAGCUCCCAGCUCAGCAAAGUCCAUCUCUGUCCCAGGACGAGGACACACCCUGCAGCUGGACUGUAAGGGGGAGGGGACAGCGGAACCUGCUCCUGCUGUCUCACUGGGUCGAUCCGCUAAGCCACGCCCCUCCAUCAUCAGCUCAGGUCUCCUCGAUGAAUCAGAGAUGAACCACAACCAGAACCAGUCUGGAUCUGCAGAAGUCUUCCAGUCUGGUCACUCUCGAAACUCCAGCUACGCCAGCCAGCAAAGCAAGAUCUCAGGCUACAGCACCGAGCACUCUUGCUCGUCCAGCCUGUCUGACCUCACUCACCGCAGGAACACGUCGACAGGAAGCAGCACCUCCGGCCUGUGCUUCACUGACUCACCAGCAGAGGGCGACAAGGACGCCGGACGUCCUGAGAGACCGCUCCGACCCCCGCGGCCCGUCUUACCCCCCAACAGACCGUCCAGGAGGAAACAGGACUCGGUGGAGAAUCAGCCGACCUGGGUCAACGACACCCGCAUGGACGCCGACGACAUCGUGGAGAAAAUCGUCCAAAGCCAGAACUUUGCAGACACCAACCACACUGAAGACAGUAACCUGCGUCUGUUUGUGAGCAGAGACGGGAGCACGUCUCUCAGCGGCAUCAGACUGGGAAACAGAGUGUCUGCAGGUGGAUACGAGCCCGUCGUCAUAGAGAUCCACUAAAGAAAGGGCGGGAAGUGUCACACGUGUGUGGUCAGCUGGUCUGAACGCUGUGACAGGAAGAAGAAAAAAAAAAAAACAACUCAUCCGUUUGCACUUUGUGUGUGUGUGUGCAUGUGUGCGUGUGUGUGUGUGGGUGUGUGGGUGUGUGUGUGUGGUUUACAGACGUCCGUUUCCUGGUGGAAAAGUGUCUAAACUGAGUGUUCAUGUGUUUCACUGAGAGUGAGCCUCUGUGUCUCAGACUGGUUCUCAGCAGCAGGGGGCGCCAAACAACCACACUUGAAAAACUACACGUGAACCAUCCCUUUAAUAUAAACUUGAUUCAAAUGGAGUUUGUGACACAAAAACACUGAGUUUUUAAAAAACCACUGAUCGCUCUUUUGUUUUUUUGUCGUUUCCUUGAUUUUGAAGCCGUUCCCUGUUGAUCAGGGAGUUGCCAUAGAAACCACUCGGUGCCUGUGAAGUUUUCUCCUUCUCUUUUAUGAGCCUGAAGCACAGUGAGAGAGUGAGUGCUGGUGACGGUGACGAGAGAAGGUUCAUUUCCUGUUUGUUUGUUUGUUUGUUUGUUUUGUGACGAUUUAUCACAAGUCUUAGUUGAAGAGUUUUUUUCUCUACAAGUUUGACCCAAAAAGAAAAGAAAAAAAGACAGAGUACCUGUUCUGGGUUUGUCGCUCUCUGUGCUGCCCCCUGGUGGAGCAGUUAGUUUGGAUCCUGUUUACUUCAAAUUAGACGUUUUUUGAAAUGACACAAACAGUUUCACAUCCACAACCAGCCGCCUGGUUUUAAGAUAGAUUCUUCAUUUUCACACAGAAGCUUUUAUUUUGGUGUUAUUUUUAAUUCUCUGCUUGUAUUAAUGUGGAAAUCUCUCUCUUUUUUCCACAAGCACGUCGUUUUCGUGUCGUCUGAAUCAAAAUGAUAAAAAGCUGAUAUUUCCUGUUUGCCAACAGAUUAACUGAUGAUUAAUCUCUUCUUCACAAUAGCUGAUCAUUGAUUAACCGCUUUUUUCCAUGAAUUAAAACCAGUUUGUGUGAUUUUUCAGCUUCUUAAAUGUGAAUAUUUUCUGGUUUCUUUGCUCCAUAAAACAAAGAAAUCAAAAACAAAAACAUUUGAGAACAUCAUUUCCAUGUUUGACAAACACUGAUCAGUGUUUUCUGACAUUUUAUGAACCAAACAACUCAUCCGUUAAUCAAGAAAAGAAUCGAUGGAUUCUUGGAUUAUGAAAGUCCUAAUCUCUUAAACCUCAGUUAAACUGCAUUCUUUUCAUCCUCGUCUUCAUGUCGUUAGUUUUCUCUUAAAUCACGUUGUUUUUGUUUGCUUUCGUCACAUUCGGGGGACGAACCACUAACCGUAUAUUCAGAGUUUGUCACUAUUUUAUUUUAGUUUAUUCUUUUCAAGGAUUAAUUUAAUUGUUGUAGUCUGGAGGUUGAUUUAUAAGCUAUGCACAAACAUCACUCGCCUCCUGAAGCUUUUUUUUAAAAUGUUCUCUUAGUGCAUUUAACAGAUUCUUCUAUUGUAACAAAGCUAUAGUAUAAUAACCUAUACGUUUAUUAGAGAAUAUUUACUUAGUGCCAUCUUUGUUUGUUUCUCAGCAGAAAUGACGUCUAAACAAUAAAAAUCUAAUCUGA